AACAACGGCACCGCCGAGUGGCGCUGGCGCGCUGGCGUGAGCGCCGCAUGCGGUGAAAAAUCUCAACAAGCGGGUGUACACCCUCUCCUGUCUCUCCUUCACACCGCCUCGAUUGCCUGCUGCACUGAACGUGUUUGCGCAGGUCUCAUAGCGCGCACGUGCACGAUGUUCACGCUUAGAUCGGCCUUCAAGAAGAUCUGUGCGGUGGACAACUAUUUUCGCGGCUGCAAUGUGGCGAAAGGGCAACUUCUGCUUAGCCAUGUAGUUGACGCAGUGCAGUUCGUCGGAGACGACAUCGUCCUCGCCAAGGGGAAGUGCGUUUCGCAAGUCAAGGACGACGUUGUUUACGACGUGGAGUUAGAGCUGUCAUGGUCAUGCCCCCUGAAACGAGAGCUUCGCAUUUCCUGCGGCAAGUGCACUUGCAUUGCUGGUGUACGGGGUCAGUGCAAGCAUGCAGUGGCCGUAUGCCUCUACAUCAACAGCUAUGAGGAGGACAGCUGCACAAGCCGACCUCAGCAGUGGGGAAAGCCCAGCGCAAAGCCCCGGAUGCAGAGAUCGCAACACUUAUCAGACGUAGUGCUUCGUAAGAAAUCAACAGCUCCAGACAUCAAAAUUGUGCCAAGAACAACACUGAUGAGCUACCCCGAGAUUGACUGCCCCUUAAAGGAAGUGCUCGAGUUGAUGCAGCUCAGUGCUGAUGAGGUUACUUGCAGAGAGGUGCUCGACACUGUUGUUGAGCAGAUGGCAUCAGGAGAGGAGGCUUCGCAUCAGCAGUACCAAAGCACACCUGAUUCGGACAAAAAGGGAUGA